CUCGCUGCGGGCUGACUGGCCGGCGCUCGUGGCUUCCCGGCGGCCGCGGCUUCCCGGGAGCUGGCCCUGUGGGUAACGUAGGGGAAACGGAGCGGCAGCAGGCGCGGUCCCGGCCGGUGGGACCAUUCAGGUUCGUGGCUGGAGGGCCUCCUCAUCUUCCACAGGCCCUGGAAGUGAAAACCCGCGCCCUGAUCCGGCGUGGGGUCUACACCUGCCCUUCACUUCCUGGGAUCGAACCUCUGGGAUCUCUUUCCAAGGUGGCCAUGGAUACCUCGACAUCUUUGCCUCCCAUCCCCCCGUCCCCGAACUGCAACCCAGCCCCACGGACCAUCCAGAUUGAGUUUCCUCAGCAUAGUUCAUUGCUUCUGGAAGCCCUGAACCGUCACAGGCUAGAGGGAAAGUUCUGUGAUGUGUCUCUCCUGGUGCAGGGCCGGGAACUUAGGGCUCACAAAGCAGUGUUGGCUGCUGCGUCUCCUUACUUUCAUGACAAACUUCUUCUGGGGGAUGCACCACGUCUCACCCUGCCCAGUGUCAUUGAAGCUGAUGCCUUCGAGGGGCUGCUCCAGCUUAUUUAUUCAGGGCGCCUCCGCCUACCACUGGAUGCUCUCCCUGCCCACCUCCUUGUGGCCAGUGGCCUCCAGAUGUGGCAAGUAGUAGAUCAGUGCUCAGAGAUUCUUAGAGAAUUAGAAACCUCAGGUGGUGGAAUUUCAACCCGUGGAGCAACCCCUUAUCACACACUUCUUUCCACUACAUCCUCAACAGGAGGUUGGUGCAUUCGCUCUUCCUCUUUCCAGACUCCUGCACAGUCUUCUGCUUCUACCCAAAACCCCGUUGGAGGGGAGGGGAGUGAACUAGGAGAUGUGUUACAGAUUCAAGUUGAGGAGGAGGAGGAGGAAGAUGAUGAUGAUGAUGAAGAACAGGGGUCAGCAACCCUCUCUCAAACUCCUCAACCUUCCAGAGUAUCAGGGGUACCCCACCCUCACGGAUCCCACCCACUGCCCAUCUCUGCUACUCCCCGUAGGCUACCAGAGGAUGAGAGUGCACCACUUGAACCUCCUGCCCCUCCUGCACCACCCCCAAAAAUCUUCUACAUUAAGCAGGAACCCUUUGAGCCUAAGGAGGACAUAUCAGGAGGUGGAACGCAGUCUGGAGGAGUAAAGGAGGAGACCACGGUGUUUUCUGGAGGGGACACUGAAAGGAAUGAAGAGCUAGGGUUCCUGCCGCCCUCAGGAGCAGGGGCAACAUCGGGAGGAGGAGGUCCAUCCUGGAAACCAGUGGAUCUUCAUGGGAAUGAAAUCCUGUCUGGGGGUGGGGGACCUGGGGGAGUAGGGCAGGCUGUUCAUGGGCCGGUGAAGCUAGGGGGGACACCCCCUGCAGACGGAAAAUGUUUUGGUUGCUUGUGUGGGAAGCGGUUUGCAGUGAAACCAAAGCGUGACCGGCAUAUCAUGCUGACAUUCAGCCUCCGACCCUUUGGCUGUGGCAUCUGCAACAAGCGCUUCAAACUGAAGCACCAUCUCACAGAGCAUAUGAAGACUCAUGCGGGAGCCCUGCAUGCCUGUCCACACUGUGGUCGUCGGUUCCGAGUCCAUGCCUGUUUCCUUCGCCACCGGGACCUGUGCAAAGGCCAGGGCUGGGCCACUGCUCACUGGACUUACAAGUGACUGCUGCGGUCAUACACUAACUUCUAGGAUGUGAGCCACUGCUGCUGAUGGAUACUUACCCCUCACUACCAUGGCACCCCAAUCAUGGAUCUUGUAAUCAUGCCACAAGGAUAAAUACAUUAUGGACCUCUUGUUUUUGGGUAUGGACCUCAACCUGGCAGGUUUGGAAACAGAUUUCUCAUCUCACUGCAAGUUUUUACUAAUCACCUUACAGGAAAUUGGUUUACAGGCCAUAUGUAAAUUGGUCACUUGCCCUGACAGAACUUUUCAUACAGAAAACCAAAUUUCAGAUUAGAAGUUUAUUUGGAGAGGAGAAUUAGAACAAAGAGACAUAAUGAUAAAUGUUUCAUUCGGUCUCCAUGAGGAGUUAAAGGAGCUGGUCUCCAUCUAGGGAUAUGUUUGAUUUAGAGUUCUAGUAAUUCAGGGACUAAGUGCUAAGCUUGUCUUUUGCUCAUCACUGCUGAAAUGUGAGCGGAGUUCUUUUUUAUGUAUUUUUCUUGUUAUGUCUUUUGAGAAGCCCCUCAGAUCAUAACUUGUUUUCUCACCAGUAGAUAUCUUCCCAACACCUUUAUUUUUAUGUUGUAGUUGAGCACUUUAACAAAUUGAGCAUUCCAUGUGUCAUUCCUAGAACCCUCUUUAAUAGAAGAUAUUUUCUCAAUUGCCUAUGCCUCUUGUCUGCUUUUGACCACCACUGAUUACUCAUGUAUUGAUCACAGUGACUGGAAUGUGACCAGAGAACUCAGGAGAUGGCCACUGACCUAAAAUGCUUUCAAGGUAGCACCACUGCUCUGAACAAGUGUCUUUGGUCAGAGGGAUUCAGGGCUGAUACAACACAUACUUCAGGCUAGAGAGUAACUGCGUGGUGGGACCACAGCCCUCCCUUUCCAUCCCCACUCCUACAUGGUAGCCACUUGGUUGAGAAAUAGAGGGCAGAUUUUGAAAUGGGGAGAUUGUCACAGGUUACUUAAUCUCUUCAAAUAAACUUUGCCCUGAAAUUGAGAGCUGACAAUGGACUAGACUGAGUAAUUUAUGUGGCAGGGACAGCAUGAAAACA